AUGGAACGGGCCGUCGAUAAGCCAAAAGUGCUCUUCAGUUACAUAAACAGUAGGUUAAAGAACAAGGAGACGGUCGCAGUGUUGAAAGGAGAAAACAAUGAGGAUAUCAUCGAAAAUGACGCUAAGGCAGAAAAUCUAAGCCGGUUUUUCGUAUCGGUUUUCACCGAUGAAACGGACUUUGACGAGGCUGGAUCUCCUGCUGGGACAACCGACGAAAUAAUAGAAAACAUCGACUUCACGGAAGAAGAUGUGAGGAAGGAACUUCUAGCGCUUAAGGAGGGCAAGUCUCCGGGCCCAGAUCAAAUUCCGGCAAAAGUGCUAAAGGAGUUGUCUUGCGAACUCGCCAAACCGCUUUGGCACAUCUUUAGGUCCUCCUUUGACCGAGGCAUUCUCCCCUCUGAUUGGAAAGUGGCGAACAUAUACCCCAUUCACAAGGGCGGAUCCAGAACAAGUACAAACAAUUAUCAGCCGGUGAGCCUAACGUGCAUUUGUUGUUAUUUGUAUAACUUAGACCUAGGUCCUUUAUGAUGAGGCAUUCUGAGAGUGGGCUAUUCUGAAAAAUUAUGGGACCAGUAAGUUUGGCAGCACCAAAAGACAUGAAACUACACUUGGAUGAUGAAAACUCCAUCUGCCAUGUCGAACCCCAUCUGCUUAAGCGUAGUAAAUCGGCAUAAGUAUUUUCAACACAAGCAUUUGCGGAAUCCUUAGAAUAUGAGUAAACAUACUUGAGGUCAUCGGCAUAAAUAAAAGUUUGCAAAUUUCUGAGUUCGGUCAAAAUAUCAUUUAUGUAAAGAAGGAGGAGUAGCAGACCCAAAACAGUGCCUUGAAGUACGCCACUCGUGAUCGAGUGAGGCGUUGAGUAGCUAUUACCACCACGACCUUCUGAUAUUGGUUAAAUUGAUAUGACCCGAUGAAGUCAAGUAGAGGCGGCCGGAUGCCGAGAGCUUCCAAUUUUUAUCAAAAGACGUCUAUGGAGCACUUUGUCGAAGGUUUCGCUAUGAUCAAAGUAGAUAACUACCUCCGACUGCCGCUCAUUACGAAGAGAAGUGAUUAGGUUAAGAAACGCCAAGUGACAAGUUUCGCGGAAUCGUUCAGGUAAAAAUCUAUGCCGCCUAGAGCUCAGAAGCCGAUUAGCUAGACAGAAGUCAAGAAUUUCAUUGAAAAUAAUCAUUUCAAAAAGCUUUGCUAGAGACGGUGUUUUGUGUACGCCCCGAUAGUUAUUAACAUCGGACCGAGAUCCUGACUUGAAGACGGGAAUGAUAGUUGAUGUCUUCCAUGUUUCAGGAAAAGAUUCUUUUGAAAUAUGGACAGAGAAUGAAUAACUUAGCAAUAUAGGAAAGUCGGAUGUCUGUUUAAUAAUCGAAUUUGGAAUCUCGUCCGUUUCCGAGCAGUGUGACUUUUCAAACAACUGAUGGGUUUAUAAUAAGAUCUGAAGAGACACCGAUUGUAUUCCAUGUCCUAUCUAAAAGUGGACGAAAUAAAGGGACUAAUUCGGACUCAGUAUUAAAGGGUUUUACAGAAAAGGCAUUAAACAACUCUGCCUUGUCAGUGUCAUCGAUGUUGAAGAUUUUGUUAUCGUUUAGCAGGGGUGCAAUUUCGUGACCACGCUUAGAGGAGGACCGAUGACGGAAGAUGUUGGCGAUGAUUUUGACAGGGUUCGAAUAACUGAGGGCAAGUGAUUCUCUUUGUUUAUCGCGUUCUUGGCGCAUCCUUGAGGCCAUCUCAAAAAUCUUUGUGAUUUUAAGGUGAACUGAUAAGGAACAAGUGAAUGGGUCAUGCAGCUGCCGUCUCAACUUUUUUAGUCUGUUGCAAAGAAAAUGACUAACAAGGAAAUCCGAGGAGGCAGACUUGAGAUAUCGACGAGGCACAAACUCUGAACUUUCUUUGGAAACAUUGGACAUGGCAUCACUACAGGAGAUUAGGCCACACCAAUCAAAUUUUCUAAUAUAGUUAUUUAUUAGGUCGUCAUCCACGCAAUCGUAACUUAGGUAAGUCCGAAUUGUGCUGGUCUUUCUUGAAAAGGCAAGCUGGAAGAAACAAUUAAUUAAUAUGUGGUCACUAUCAAAAAUGUCCUUUUUGAAAGCAACAAAAUAGGGACAAUGUCAUCGUUAAAGAGGAGAUCAAAAAUGUGAUUAUUUCUAGUCGGAGAACGCACCAGCUGGGACCAGUUACAAAAACUGACAAUAUCUUGAAAGGGCUGGAAUCUAGAUAGACAGCUAUUGGAAACCCAGCCUAUUUCAGGAAGGUUAAAAUCUCCACCGAUUAGUUUAACAUCGAAAGCAGCUUCGAAAAUUAAUUUGAAGAUUUCACAGAGUCGUAAAUAAUCACUGGCUGAGAAGUUUGGAGGAUUGUAGAUAAAGCCAAGAACUGCCUUUCUUUGCGACGAGAGAAUAGAAGAUGCAAAGCAGAAGUUUCCCAUGAAGGAGGAGGCAUCCAGGUAGUAGUGAGAGGGUUUUAGGUAGGAUCGAAGACAAAGACUACAACCAACCCCACGGCUAGUUUUGCGGCCUUGGUGGAUAAAAUCUAAGUGAUUUAUAAGAAUAGCUGAGUCGGGAAUUAGAGAGUGGGCUCAAGAUUCUGUUAUACAUGUAAUAUCAGGCGUCAUUUCGAGAGUAAUGGCUCUGAUUUGGGCCAUCUUGUUUAUAACAGAUCUGAGAUUCAAUAGUACAAUAUUUAGCGCAUUUCGAAUAGCAAAGCUAUUGUGGACGGUAUCUAGAAAAAAUUUGGUGGUGGAUAUGCAUGUCGUGAAUAAAUGUUAAUUGGCGAAUAAUUACCAACGAGUCCAGAGUUAGUGACUUAGGUGGAGACAGCAAAAGAUGGCUAAGCGGGAGACCUAAGGCACAGGUGGGUAUAGUUUUCGGACAUUAGAAUGCUAGUGUAAUUUGAACGGGUAUAGACUUGUUGAUAGUUUAUUUGCGGGCAGGAGGAGGAGGGAGUCUCGAAGGAAGGUAGGGACUAGUGGGGAGUUUAGUUAACACAUAGAGUAUUAGCCAGUUUGAAUUCAACUAUUUUACGGGAAAGUAGUAUGUCAUUUUAAGUGUCAGUAACUAUGUUUAGUGGAUAAAAGACAAUAGAAAUGUCGCGAAUAGACGUCGCUGAAAUAUGUUCAGCAGUAUCGUGGCAAUGUUUAAAUGUUAACGUAAGUCGUCAAAACGACGUCUGUUUGAUACUUUUGACACGUGUGAUGAUUUUUGAUCCAUUUUUUAAAUUCAAAGUCCUUACGGAUGUGGACAUAACGACAUUCAUAUGCAGAGCACUCCAGGUUUAUUCAUUAAGGCGCGCGAUAUCUGAACGCAAUAUGAUAACAUUCAUGGUAUAGGGAUUCCAAAGCGCCAGUGGUUGCCUCUUUUUGUUGAAGACAGACUAAAGCGAGCAUUCUGGUACUAAUUUUACGGCUGUCAUAUCAUUGUUUUGAAUGUGACUGAAGCCUAGGGGUCGUUUCGAAUCUUUGAGUCAAAAUAAUUUCUCCGACACCCCAUUCGUUCGGCUAUCCGUCAACCAACCUGCUAUUGGACACAUGAAACCAUUGACCACCGAUGAGUUUCACACACCCACUGAGAGUCUUUGUACCUUCGAUUCCCUGCCGUAUUCUGAUCGGGGGAAAUGUAUUCGCAUGUCGCGGACCCUAGUUGCACGUAAUUUCAGUGGAUGUAUUCGCUAAUUCGUUAUGCUAGCUUAUUUAGAAAAGACAUCGGGUACAAGGCAACAGUUCUACUAACAGAUGCAAUGGAAUAAUUGUAUCAGGUCACCUUAUAGUUGUUUAUAGCUCAACGGAAAUGGUUAGAGAUAAAGCAGAUCUUUUCAUGGGGUAGAGAGCACUCUACUUUCACCAUUUUGCUUGCCACCUACGUGCUUUUUCGAGGGUGUUGAUGUCCUUAACGGUCCAGGAUCUCUACAAUUAGGUGACAAAAUCCAGUUGAGGUCGUAAAAGCGUUCCAAAGCAUCUACUGGAAGUCUUCAUCGGAGGUUGCAAAACCCCGCUAGACACUGUAAAGAAUUGAUACUGCGAAUUUUACCACCUGUGUGCAGUACGGCGAUGACUGAGGUGCAGGCCAAUUUAUGCAAGCCUUAUAAUUGAAAUCGUGAAAUUAAAUGAAUAAGCUGAGAUUGUUCAUGUUGCAGAUGCAUAAGGAGGGGUAACGAAACGCACAGGCCUUGUGGAGGCAGUAAGAAUAGUUUGCGGAUAGACAAUGCUCAUUGCGACAGACUUUGCAGGUUACUCAUAUACGAUGUUUUCGACGCAAUCCGAAAUGCUGAUUGGGGAUCAUGUGAGUAGACAAGUCCGAUGGAACUGUCACUCCAAUCACGUCAUAAAGUCCUGCUUAGAGUCUUCUGAUCAUUCCUCCUACCCCCUGAAUGCAGGCUUUUUAAGGAACAUCCUGAUAUGAUGUGGAAUUCCGGAAAAACUUGGGUAGAAGAGGCUACUGUAAAGUCAGAAUAAGUCCAUCGCAUAAACUUGCCGCAUCCGUCGUCAGGCAUCACGUCAACAAUAUACUAUCACUGAAUACUUGGCAUACGUCCUUCCUUCAAGUAAGUUACCGAUUAAUAAAAUCUGUUUUCUUUUAUAACUUCUACAUGCUAGUUAUGGGCUGGCCUCGCUCUUCACAUUCAUUAAAGUUUUCUACUUUUUGCUCGUUUGACAUUGCUUUUCCUACGUUUUCUUAAUGCUUACCAUUUUUUUCAUUUUUCUGUCCCACAUUUCCCCUUAUUUUAAGUAUUAUCAUUGCAGUUGCACUGUCUCUGGCCGCCAUAAGGUGCGCAUCUUCUACCUUCUCCGGCCAUAAUCCCCCAUUUCUUGAUUUCUGACGUGCAUAAGACGGCAUAGCUCUUAUCUAGCGCAAUAUUUAAUUUUCGAGCAAGCCUUGUUUUUGUACUUUUGAAAGACCAGGAAGUCGUGAGGAAAUAUACUGUGUAUCUCAGCAUACUGAGGGUCUUAAGGCGUUCCCGGUGUUCCAUAUGUACUUCUGACCCAGGAAAGAUAUUUUUGUUUUCGAAUCCGCAACAUCCGUAUCUUAAAUAAAUGGCCCCGACUAGGAUUCAGUUGCUGCUGGUUUGACCGUCAACUCUCAGAUCCGGAAUCUAGUCCUGCAUCUCUCAAGAGUCCUUUUUGACCUGUCUUUACGUCAAAUGCCACACGUAGGUUUUGUGGCUGCAGAUCGGCGAGUAUUAGUUCUGCAUUGUCGUCCUGUGCAUGUGUAAAUUUUGAGGUAAGUAAACUCAGAAAUCAUGUUCCAGCUUUCGUGUGCUGAUGUAUGUACUCACAAAACCUAUUUAAGUACUGAUGACUGGCAAUUGUACUUAUGAGCGGAGAAGCAAAAACGGAGACUAACUGAGCAUAAAUUGAGGGCAUAUUUGCCAGGGGAUGGGCUCAAUUGUUCGAUGGUCAGGCGUUCUUUCAAAAUGGAUUGCCAUAGAAUAUCCAACUGGAUACCAUGUCUGCUUACAUCCGUCGUUUUGCUUGAUAUUGUCUUGCAAGACGGCUGGAGGUGGGCGCGGGCGCAGUGGUCGACAAAGCUGAACAGCCCGUCUACAUUCUUCAUACACGACCCGGUUCACGUACUCACGUAAUUAAAGGUUCCUGAUCCUGAUGUUAGCGCCAUUUAAUAUCCCAGCCCUUUUCUAGCCAUUUGCUGUCCCAACUUCACCUUGGAAGCAUAUACCCAUAGGCUUAAAAUGCCAAAAAUAAGUCGGCUGUUACCUAGAAGUCUGCUGUCGUUGAAACGUCGGACGACAUUAUACGUGAAAAGGCACUAGCAAGGGUGUGCUGACUAUGCGAUUAUUACGCUGCCAUAAUUCAUGACAUACUGGUACACGUCUCCUAUACCGAUGUUACGAUGCGCUAAGGAACGUUUGCAAUGCCCUCUAAGAAUUUCAUUCAAACCCCUUAUCUUUAACCGUCAACCCUCCUCGCGGGUAGUAUUCAUGUAAUAAAUGGCAUUAAAGUCUUUUCAGGUACAAUGUCGUCGGACGUUUCAGCGACAGCAGACUUCUAAUUAACAACCGACUUAUUUUUGGCAUGUUAAGCGUACCCUCAAGAACGGUGUGGACUCUUGUUAUUCUGAAGUCCUGCUUCUCAAAAAGUCCACUAAUAUUAAAUUUCGUUAAGAGAUUUUGGACAGCAGUUACUGCACAGGUUUCCUGACGGGACUAUGUGCCGUUUAUCCUCCCUGCAUUCUAAGCUAAGUCCCCUUUGAACGUGCGCUAGUAGAAUUGGCCGUCUUACCUUUUGAUAGAACAGAAAAGGCGAGUUUCCGGAAACAGCCGCAAAGAGGAGCCAAACGCUAGAACAAGUACCCUUGUUUCAGCAAUCCUGUCUUCUUUGUAAAUGUUGAAUGUAUGUUUAGAUUGUCCCGUCAGGUACUGUUGCAUGAAUAAAACCCCACCGCCUGUUGUCCGGGGUGAUGACGGAAAGCACAUCACAACCCCGUAGACCUGACGCCCGCAUGACAAUCGAAGGCCGCUCCGCCGUUUUGUUAGCUCUCUGCUAAAUGGCUUUCAUUUCUGCGCAGAAGGGCAAAUUUUUACACAAGUAUUUUGAUUUGUAUUUGCUGACGACAACUGCUUUUUUCCUUAUGGCCGCGUCGGCCACGGUCAUCAUCGACAUACAGUAGUUGACUGAGUUUCGCCACAGUGAGGGGAUAGAAAAACUUGAAUCAAGCGAGUUAUACCGUUGGCUUCACGACUUGCCAAUAUAAUGGACGGGUAUUUAGCUCACAAUUUGACGCUUUUGGCUAUGGUGUUUACAGAGGAGGCGGCGCAGUAGACUUCGGUCUCCUCAUUGGAUGCAGUGGUGACCGAAUGAGACAUUAGCGUCAGCGCAGAACAUACUGCAGUCGGUGAUGUUGGGUUCGACGAUUAACUGUUCUAGUUGACAAGUGAUGAGGAUGGUCAGUGUGAUUGAGGUGUAUGUAAAGUGCAAAGAGAGAUAUUUAAUCCAAUUUACAUUACACUGGGAUGAUUCAAAUGACGAAAUAACUAUCAUUUCUUUGCAGCUGUGCGAUGCAUUUCCUGGAACUUUCGUAGAGCACGCCUUUGCAAUAAGUUGCAGAUUAUUUUCCUGCGUCAUAUGAUAUAUGCCAUAAUGAAUGGCCAGAAAAUGAAGCGGUAGUCGUCCGUCUGAGGGGGCGGGGCAUUUCAGUUCAGGUAUGUUAGCACAGGCGACGUCGCAAUUCGGGUAUUUAGGUUGAGAGAAGCAUCUCUGUCGGUUUUACCCUGCGGUAGUCUUCCCCAUACUCAAUUCAUUUGGCAGGAAACUCCGGCGUGCGUGAUGCCUCAUUCAACUGCAGCUACAGCCGUCGCAGACACUCGUUAUUGACGCCUGCCGGACUUUUCAGGUUAGCUUGCACAACCUUUUCUCACCAAGUGCGGUACUACGAACGUGCGCCCGCGCACCUGAAUUACCGCAGUCACGUCGUGCAAGUAUGCGAGGCCUGCGCUCAUUGUCCUAAGAUCGUGCGUCGGGCAGCAUGACGCACCGCAGUCGAAGAGCACGCGUAUUAUUGGCGUCGCUCAUCGAAACGCGACGGGGCUACAGAAUGGGCCUGUAUAUGUGACCGAUGUGCAUUGACUCGUGCGUCUGUCGAUAGGGUGUCCCUGCCUUAGGGCAAUCACUUAUCUCAAUCAAUCAAUAAGCUAUUGUUUUCAUCACACUCGGCACAUACGUUAAUACCCUGCCAGCCAUCUACCAUUACGUGUUAGCCACUUGAUAAAUUUAAGAAGUCCAAAGAGGUCAACACAACAUGUCUGUUUUUCAUGAAACGCUUGGAAUAAUUUAGUCUACUACCUAUUUUACAGUCUGAGAAUAUUUGUUUCUAAAAUUGUCUUAGUGGGUAGAUUACUACAUCAGCGUUAAAAGAAGGAGCAAUAACUAUCUGCGCGACUGCGUUUAUAAUUAACGCAGCAAGUUUUACUAGUAAUAAGACUGCGCCGUAGUGUGAUCAAUCCUGGCCGCUGGACAGACAUAGGAUCUCCCCCAAAAUCUGCAUUGCAACAACCUGUCCGAAACCCCUGCCUCAGUGUACAUUUGCCCCAGCAAUUCAUCCCGGCCGUUUUUUAAGAAAUCCGGACAAAACUUAAGAUGAGCAUCCGUUCACACUGAUUGGAAAAUCGAGUUCGAGUUGUUAACCAGGAUCGCCGAGUUAGACUAGAACAGAAUUUGAAACUUCGCAAAGUUUUUGAUGGUGAGAGUGCAAAAUACUGGUGAUGAGCUUUGCCAGAUUAAUUAUUUACUAUUUAAAUGCCCGAGUACGUUUUAUCGUCAAAAAUUUCAUUACAGCAAGAAAAAUCCGCCCACUUUUUGCUUACAGACAUAGGACUGUCUGAAGACAGCGAUUUUAACUAUGCCUAAAAUUAUUCGCAAAGCCCACAUUGACUUCACAGGCUAUGCAUAAAGUUUGUUCGCAUGCUUACAUGCCCAUAAAACAUCUCAAAAAUAGUAAAUUUCUAAAAGGACGCUUCAACUUGAUCCAAGUAAUGCACUGAAACCGAAAACCGUUUAGAAACGAGACAAGGUUAUUACGAUCGUAAUGAAACGUGCUCAAAAAGUAUCUUUAUUACUCGAGCCCCUACAAAACACUAGAUAUCACGCACUUUAAAAAAGUAGAUGUACUAUCUCAGGAAAUGUUGGCCAGAAUUUCGAAAUGUAUUUUCGACUGGAAGAAAUAAGUUAAGUAGGGUUGUAAUGUUAGUGAUCAUGAGCAAAAUCCCGAGAUAUUUCAGUCAUAUCAUGAUGUUGACUUUCGAACGAGCUUCUUUCCGACCGUCUGAAAAAAACUGAACUCUGUAAAAAGUGGCCACAUAAAUAGUAGUGAGUUCCGUAGGAACGAUCCGUGAGCGUCCCCCUCUACCAUAGUAGGAAUUUUUCCCAUUGAUCUUCGAUGCCCUUAUAAACUCAAUUAUGCUUUAUAGAGGAAAUGCACGGAAAUAUUUGUUCUCUCACUUAUUUCAUAGCAAAUCGCGUCUUUUUCAAAUUUUAUACUUGAAAUAAGAGUAUGAUUAGGUUUUGAAGAACUUUCAGUUCCCUAAUAACUGUGGACCCGACCUGCCGUGACACUUGCAUUCGAGGCCUCCAAACUCCAAUCUGUAUAUUUUUCGCGUAGGAUAAACCAUAUAGUUCUGUACGCUAUUAAGAAGGUACCCUAUGGGCUUCAUAAAAUUCCACUGCGGAUUUGAACCAUAUUGUAUAGUUUACAAGUAACAUUAAUAGAUGUGGAGGUGCGCCGUUCUAUGAUUGGAUGUUUCACAGUUUCAAGAAUCUCAUAAUCAGAAACUUUUUUAAAAACGAGCGAAAAAUUUAAAAGAGACGUGACGUGUUACUAAAUGAGUACAAGAGCAGAUAUAUUUGUGCAUGCUCUCUAUGAAAUAUAUUCGAAUUUAAAUGGGCGCCAAAUACCAGUGAAAAAGGCGUACUGCUUAAGUAAUCGUUUUUAUGGUGUGGUUUUCGCAGAUGGCCUGGAAGAUGCUCGUUUAAAAUCCGGCAUCCUGAGGUGACUGAAAUAUCUUGGGAUUAUGCUGCACGUCAACUAGUAUUACGACCCUAUUUAAGUGAUCUUUCGGAGUCGAAGUAUAUUUUAGGACUUCGGUUAACAUUUCAUGAGAUAACACAUCAACUUUGUGUUGCCCAUGGAGCUUGUUCUUGUUUCUUCUAAGAGUGGCCUCGCAACAUCUGUUGGAAGGGUACGCAUACGUGAAAUUCGUCUCCCUACCGUCUACACUUUUAGUGUUGACAGUCCAGCGCAUUUUAUGAGUCAGUCUGUACGGGAUUUUCAUUCUAAAUACUGAGGAGCUAUGACCAAGAAAAGCAAGCUUUGCAAGGGGUUCUAUAAAAUAUGAAAAGCCGCCACUUCUUGUUGGCACUUAUCUGCGUCUUUCACUCGUUUAUAUACUAUCGGCCUUUUGCAAGGUCUUGAAUUUGUAGUGUCGAACCGGCCAAACCAACUGUGACAAAUGCCGUUACAAGUAAACAGGUCGUGUGUCCCAGCCCUUGAUGGACAUGCGACGUUAUAUUUCGCCUUUCCUUGUAGGCCAAGUAUGUCGACCCCGGCAGAGGAUCAGGAGAACGAAGUCGAAGUGCUGGCGUCAAUAUACGAGGAGAACUUUCAGCUCAAGUCUUCCACUCCACCUUACGACUUUGAAAUACGCAUGAGGGGACAUGCACCGGAAGCUGGCAUUUCUUGUUCUCUGUACUUCAGAUAUUCCAAAAACUACCCCAAUGAGGCACCGAUCUUUGAAGUCCGACGUCCAGUGGGUUUGACCGAAAAUCAGACUUCGGAACUUGUAAUGUUAAUCUCAGACACCAUUCAGCGAUCUCUCGGUGGCAUCAUGAUUUUCGAUCUUGUUUCCGAGGUUCAGGUCAAGCUAGACGAGUACUCGGACGCAGCCCUAGAACAGGCCAAACAGUUUGAGAUGCAGACUGCUAAAGCGCUGACUCUGGCAGAGGAGGAAAAACGUUUUCACGGCACGCGUGUCACUGUUGAGUCCUUCAAUGAGUGGAACAAAGCCUUUCUUGCCGAGGUUCAAGAAAAGCGGGCUCUUCUGGAGAAGAAGGUCGCCGCCUCGCAGGGCGUAGUCAAGCGUCUGACUGGUCGCGAGAUGUUUCUUAGAGAUGAUAAGUUCGACGAGUCGGACCUCACCUUUUUGGAAGCCGAGGGUGGCGAGAUUGUGGAAGUUGAUGAACGCUUGUUUGUUGACAUUGAUGAUGUUGACUUCGAGGACGAGGAUUUGGAUCAGCCUGUUAUUGCCAUUUGA